AUGGCCGGACGCAGCUCGGCGCGGCUGCAGGGUGAAGCGGCCGCCUUCACCGCCGCCCUCCGCACCCUGGUGAACAACCCCCAGUUCAGUGAUGUGACGUUCGUGGUGGGCCCAGAGCAGCAGAAGGUGUUUGCGCACCGCUGUGUGUUGGUGUGCCGCUGCCAGGCUUUCCAGGGGAUGCUCUGCCAGGGGCCAGUGGACAGUGAAGACUCUCCCAGCAGUGUCCCAGCCCAGGGCCCCUUCAUCCUGGGAAAUGUGCAGCCUGAGGUCUUCCUGACUGUCAUUGAGUUCCUCUACACAAACACUGUCACCCUCAACAGACACAUCGCACUGGAGGUGCUGACUUCAUCAGUGGAAUAUGGUCUGCAGGACCUGUGCAAGCUCUGCGUCAAGUUCAUCAAGGACACGCUGAGCACUGAGCAGGUCUGCGAGGCUCUGCAGGCUGCGGUGACCUAUGGGCAGGCAGACCUCCAGCAGCACUGCCUGGCCUUCAUUGAAGGCUGCACUGCGGCAGUUGUACGGACACAGGGCUUCCACGAGCUCUCUGACGUGGUGCUGGCACGGGUGCUGCGCAGUGACCGCCUGGCCGUGGAUGAGCUGGACCUGGUACAGGCUGUGCGGGAGUGGGCGCAUGUCAGCUCGGCUGUCCUGGAGCGCCCGGUGUCCGAGGUGGCCGCCCUGCCUGUGCAAGAGCUACGCUUGCCCUUGCUGGCACCCAAUGAGCUGGCUGCACUGGAGAGACACAACCAGCAGGAUCUGCUCAUCCCGAUGGAAAGCAUCGCCGCAGCCUGGCGGUCCCAUGCUCUGAGGAAGGGUAGUGGAGUGCCCUCCCGCCUCUGCCGGCCUCGGCGUGGCACACGGCCCCGUGACCACCACCGUCACCUUGACCCACAUGCCAAGUAG